AUGGAAGCGGAUGCAGUAGCCAAGACCCCGGCGCCGUACGGCCAGGCAUGUAGCAACUGCGUGAAAGCCAAAUGCCGGUGUAUGAUACGCGACGGCGGAGGUAUCUGCGACAGGUCACCGUACUUCACCCAUGGAAAACAGUUCCUUGGCUCCAUGUGCGGUCUUGCAAAAACGAUUGUAAGCGACCUUCGACUCGACAAACCCACGCAACCGACAGGAUGUCCAAGUUUGGGUCCUCGUGUAGAUAACAAGGAGGUCCGGAAGUGCGAGGGUAGUAGAGCAUUGCUAUCUGUUUUCAUACUGUGCGCUAAUGUUGCCAUCAUCUUCGAGUAUGACCUAAUGCAUUGGUCGUCGCAGAUGGAAGAAGCAUGCGAUAGCCUCAGUGCGGACGCAGAAUGUGAAGGAGACGUCAUACUGGUCGCCGCUGCGCAUCUUACAAAGAUUGCCGUUAGUGCAGCCGAAGUGUCACGAAGAGCUUCGGAUGAUCACAACACAGCAAAGCAUGCUAUGAUGGCUAUUGAACCUCUGAUCUUGUCGCUCAACAACUUCAAGAAAUCACUUCCCGUUGAGCAACUACAGCACUGGGCUAUCAUCGGUCUCAUUCAAACCGCUCAGGUUGUCAUCUACGAUCUCGCGCUCUUGAAAACUCCCACGGAUGAGCUUUCAGUGUCGCACGUCGCGUUCGAGCCUAGACGUAUCGAAUACUUUAUGGAGCUCCUAGAGACAAGCAAAGCCUGCCGAGAGCAUGCUUUGACAGGUGGGAUCAUAGGCCUGACGGCUCCGUCGAUGCUCGUAUUUUCCUACUGUAUCAAGAUCUUGUACAGAUUCUCCAGCCUCAAAGGUAUUCCAGACUGGAUUCCACCCAUCGUUCAAUCAAGCUUCGAUAUUGUGCAAUGUCUGGAGAGAUUUGCCGAGAUCGCUGAGCAGGCUAACACUGAAUUCAAGGCCCAGACCGGCGAGGAUUCCCUAUUUGCUGCGGCUGCAGAGACACUAAGGGCUAUGGCACCAAAUUGGAAACUUCCUACAAGCGGGCAUGAUGAUGCCAUGGGUAGCACAGCGGACGGAUGGAAUGGCGGGUUCGGCGAUGUGGGGGUAAUGGACUUUUCGAGCGACUUCUGGAUGCCUAGUGUUUUCAAUCUUUGA